AUGUACCUAGGCUCAAUAUGGGAUGAGUGCAAAUACAAGGUUCAGAAAUACAGUAUACAAGAUAUUAAGAAAUUAUUAUUAUCCAGGGUGCGGGAGAUUUUGGUGGACAACAAUCGGCAACGGGAAACGCCAAUAGGGAAGGAAGAGCUUAGAUGCGUGAAAAGGAGUGACCUUGUGGAAAUCCUAGCUGAAAACUUGCCACCUGAAACCAUACGAUUUGGAUGCCAGAUCGUUGCUGUCAAAUUGGACCCUCUAUCUUCCGAUCCGGUUCUACAACUUUACGAUGGAACCUUCAUCAAGGCCAAGGUUGUGAUCGGAAGUGAUGGAGCAAAUUCUGUGGUUGCCGAAUUUCUGGGUCUAAAAGCUACGAAACUCUUCUCUUAUUGCGCAAUAAGAGGUUUCACCAAUCAUCCCACAGGUCAUGGACUUAACAAUGAAUUCAUUCGGACAAAUAGAGAGGGCAUCCUUCAAGGAAGAAUUCCAGUUGAUGACAAACUUGUUUGUUGGUUUAUUGGCCGACAAUGGACUCCUGAAGAUUCAAGGAUUUCCAAAGACCCUAAGCUCGUUAAAGAGUCUGCAGUGCAGUCAAUCAAAGCUUUUCCAUCAGAGAUGGUAGAAUUGGUAAAGAAUAGUGAUAUCGACUCAGUGAGUCUUGUUCGCCUGAGGUACCGCACUCCAUGGGACGUCUUGCUAGGUAGCUUUAGAAAAGGAAGAGUUACAGUGGCUGGAGAUGCCAUGCACGUAAUGGGUCCAUUCUUGGGGCAGGGUGGUUCGGCUGGCCUGGAGGAUGCAAUUGUACUUGCUAGAUGCCUGGUAAAAGAAAUUUCUUCUGUUGUGGGUGUAGAAGGAUGCCAACAACGAAGAAAGCUUAUGCCAGAGACCAGUGUACUAGAGGCAGCGCUCGAUCGGUAUAUUAGAGAGAGAAAGAUGAGAAUUGUGAGGUUGUCUACACAGACUUAUCUUACAGGGUUGCUGCUUCGGACAUCAGUACCGCUAAUCAGGUUUUCACUUCUCAUUCUCCUAUUUGUUCUCUUCGGCAACUCACUUGGGCAUACUCGUUAUGAUUGUGGUCGCCUUUGAUAUCACCCUUCAUGGAGUUAGUGCGCCAACAUUGCUUAAUAAGAAGCACAAGAAAUGGAUCUGUAAUGGCUGUAGUUAGUGUGCAUGUCCCAUGAAGUUUUAUAUCCCUUCAAUCACAAUGAAUUAUAUGAAGGAUCACCUGCAAAGCAAAUCAAGCAGCGGACUGGUUAGCGCACGAGUCUCCCUCAUCGGCUUUUGGUUUUUAUCAAUAUAUAGAUAAAUACACUAGUGACCUAUGACCCGAAGGAAAAAAUGGGUCGGCCUCCGGAUUGGUUUUUAAAACAUUGUUUAU